AUGUUCAACUCCUCUCCAUCCUCCUCCUCGCUCUUCUUCUCCGCGGAUCGGGAUCCUGGUGUCUCCGGCGGCUCCUCGCGCCCGUUCCGCGGUGUCGGUGUCGAUGAUGGGAACAACGGCUCGUGCGCGGAGCGUCCGCUGGAGUUCGCGCCCGCGGAGAAGGUGGCGGUGGGUCUCGCGCUGGCCGCGGUCACGGCGGUGACGGUGAUCGGGAACGCGCUCGUGGUGGUGGCCGUGUGCGUGGUGAAGAAACUCCGGCAGCCGUCCAACUACCUGCUCGUGUCGCUGGCGGCCGCGGACCUGUCGGUGGCGCUCGGGGUCAUGCCCUUCGCCAUAGCAACCGACCUCACCGGCGGGAAGUGGCUUUUCGGGGAAGCGUUCUGCAACGUCUUCAUCGGGAUGGACGUCAUGUGCUGCACGGCGUCCAUCAUGACCUUAUGCGUCAUCAGCGUGGACAGGUAUCUGGGCAUCACACGACCUUUAACAUACCCAGCACGUCAGAAUGGUCAACUGAUGGCCAAGAUGAUCUUCAGUGUGUGGUUAGUCUCGGCGUCCAUUACACUUCCACCAUUUUGCGGCUGGGCAAAGAACAUCAACGAAGAGGGAGUGUGUCUGAUCAGCCAGGACUUCAGCUACACCAUCUACUCCACCGCUGUGGCCUUCUACAUCCCGAUGCUUGUCAUGCUCUUUAUGUAUUACAAGAUCUUCAAGGCAGCAAGAAAGAGCGGUGCCAAGCACCGUUUCGAGUCUGUGAGGAUGGAAGGGCUCAAAACGCAGCAGCACCCGGUGGCUGAAGAGUGCGUGGCGCUCUCUCGGCUCCUCAGCCCAGAACGCCAGAACAUGUCCAUCUUCAAGCGUGAACAAAAGGCUGCCACCACGCUGGGCGUCAUCCUUGGGGUCUUUACCAUCUGCUGGCUGCCCUUUUUCAUCCUGAGCACGGCAAGGCCGUUUAUAUGUGGCAUCGAGUGCAGCUGUGUCCCGAUUUGGAUCGAGAGGACGCUGCUGUGGUUUGGUUACGCCAACUCACUUGUCAAUCCGUUUAUUUACGCCUUCUUUAACCGUGAUCUGCGCUCGACAUACUGGGAUUUGCUACGGUGCCGUUACCGCAACAUCAACCGACGACUCUCUGCCGUUGGUGUACACGAGGCCCUGAAGUUUUGAAAUAACACCAGGCUUUUCAGACACUCAUACACCCUAAGGUCAAUGCCACAUUUUGACCCUAUGUGCAGAGGGUUGGGUUUUUUUUUCUCAGAAGCUCUAAGAAGGAUGAGACCACACACCAUCUUUCAAGAGGCUUUAAAAAAAGAUUUGAAGAAGUAGAAAGGUGAACUCUGAAAAGAACACAACGGGAGGUUGGGAUGCUUUGGGAUGCACGAUCGUGGACGCGAUUUUUGGACUCUAUGAUCGAAAACAAAUGUGAACACUUGAAUCAAGAUGACAGGCACAUUUUAUAUUCUUUUUUUUAAAAAAAGCACAGAUUACAUUUUCGGAUCUACUGAAGGAGGUUGAAAGGACAUUUCAGAAUGGAUCUUAAAAGAGCAAAGGAAACCAUUUUUUUCCCCAUAAACUUUAAAACAAGUUAAAGUGGAAACUCUUUUGGAGCCAUUUUUUUGGCUGUAAUUCACAAAGCAGAUGUUUCUGACCAUGUCAGAUGUGAACUGCAAGCGCGAGUGGAUAAUCGCUGCUGUAGGGCUUGUGGACAGCGCUGACUAAUAUCGAGAACCUGUGUACGUGUUUAUCCGUGCUCCAAUGUGAAAGUGACAUGACACACAGGACACAAACACUGUGUCCGAUGACUCACCCAGUGUAUUUUAAGAAACGUGCAUUUAUCAGGGGUUGGCUUUGUCCUUGAUGGAGUAUCAGACUUGGAAAAAGCUUUGUGUGAAUACUACACUCCGAUCUGACCUGUUUUUUGGCCAGAUUUAACAACUGGGUCACAGAUGAUACUAAUAAACAAGCUUCAGGAUGGUAAUUUGAGUCGAAUAAAGUGGGAUCUGCCGAAGAACCAGGAAUGCUCCUUAUGUACAGUAACAUAUUGUAUAUUUGUAUGUUAAAUAUUUGUGCAGGAAAACAUUACCCUUAUGUAUAU